UAUGAGGUAUAAAAUUAGUUUUAAACACUCCUUUUAAACAAUAUUUAUAUAAAUGUAUAUUAUUCACUUUAUUAUAAAAUGUGUUGAUGAUUCCACCUUUUUUAGUUUUCUUUAUUUUUCAUCUUGUUCUUGUAAGUUUUAAACCUUCUUUUGAAUAUAUCGGAAACACACCUUUUAGUAAAACCAGAUAUACUUUAUACACCCCUAGAAAUGAGACAUUUUCUUCCAAUUCCAAAACGAGUAAAUUUACACUUGGUUCAAACCAGAAUGAGCCUGAAGGGGAGGAUUUUCAGUAUUAUGAGCACAUUCCUGUUAUGUUGAAAGAAUCAAUGGAAUACCUUAUAACUGACCCCAAAGGGUUGUAUUUAGAUGUUACCUUAGGGUACGGAGGCCAUACUGAGGAGAUUCUAAGACGCCUUAACCCUAAAGGCAAACUCAUAUCAAUUGACAGGGAUCCAGAAUCCGUUUAUUUUAACAGAAAAAGGCUAAAGAGUUACAUUGAAGAGUCAAGAUUAUCUGUAGAAAUUGGAAAGUUUUCUGGCAUAAUUGAUCUUUUAAAGUCACACAAAUUACCUACAGAGGGAUAUACAGGGUUCUUUUUACCCAUUUUACUAUUUAAACUAGUUAUAUCAACUUUAUAUCUACUGUAUAAAGAGUUUAGGAUAGUUGCUGACUUGGGACUCUCUACACAUCAACUUGAAAACUCUAAAAGAGGAUUUAGUUAUAUGAAAAACGGACCACUGGACAUGAGAAUGUCAAGUCCCCUUAAUGAUCCUUUUAAUCCUAAUUUUAAAAUUGAUGUUAAAUCCUCCGAAAAUACAGCCUACCAGUUGGUUAACAAGUCUGAUGAAUCUACUCUGAGGAAGAUUUUCAAAGAGUUUGGACAAGAGCCCCGUGCCGCAUCAAUCGCCAAGAAAAUUAUCGAAAAACGGCGGAUUCUGGGAGAAAUCGACUCUACUGAGAAGCUUAAGAGUGUAGUUAUGGACUCCUUACCAAUGUUCCACAGGAGUAAAAUGAGAACACUUUCUCGGAUAUUUCAGGCGCUGAGAAUUAAAGUGAACGAUGAACUUAAUGAACUAAGCUCUUUUCUCAAUUUUAUUCCUCAACUCCUUAAAUAUAAUGGGAGAUUUGUAUGUAUAUCCUACCAUGCCCUGGAGGACCGCCUGGUCAAGAACUCGUUCAUAAACCUAAGAAACUUCAAAACUCCAACAGUCAAGUUUAAUAUUUUAACCAAGAAAUGUAUAUCGCCAACCCCUGAGGAAAUAGAUUCAAACAUCAGGUCCAGAACAGCCAAAUUAAGAUGCAUUGAAAAGGUAAAAAAAUAACUCAAUAUAAUAAAACUACA